UAAUUUAAUUUAUGUUAAUAUAAUCUUAACUUUUAAAUUUAGUUUUUUGUUCAUGUAACAUUUAAUUAAAUAUAUUUUAUGGGCCAUUAACUUUAAGUUUAGUUUGAAAAAAUAUUGACUAACUCUUACUCAACCCUGUAAACAAACCAUAAAAAUCAUUACGUCAAAUAUCAGUAAAUGUUCACAUACUCGAUUAACUUUUAAAGAUAAAGCCUUAUUAAAAAAAUAUAUUUCGAUUUAUUUUGACCCAAUUUGAUUCGAUUUAUUUUUAUUUUAAUAUUUGAUGGAAUCAUCUCCCUCUCCUCUCCCCUUCCUGUUGUACUAUGUGUUGGAAUCUGACUUAUAUUAUUACAAUAUUAUACACGCAGCCAAAAAUGUAUUUAUUUCCUAAACGACGUAUUUAAUAAAAAGGGAUCUACCGAUACUCUUUCUCUCAACACGCGAUUAAAAUACGUAAGAGCGUCUGCUAGGCUUCACGUCGAUGCGCACGCGCGAGGUUUGUCGCACCAAAAAUCGCAUCGUCGCUCUCUCACGCUCACUCGCUCAUCCGUUGGCAGACCUGAGAUCGGAACGUUCGUCGGAGCAUUCGGAGGGCGACGGGGCGGAGAGUGGAGAGAUCGCAACGAGAAAAGAGCUGCGAGGCGAAGGGAUCGCAUCCGCGAUUCUGCGUUUGGGUAGUGCGCGUCGUUGCUGCACCUUAAUCAGUGGAACGACGUUACAUAUACGUGAUACGUGAACGCUGUCGUCGUCCUCGUCGUCGUCUUCGUCAUUGUCGAGAGUGCACCUGGCAGCGUCUCUGGCCUAUAACCCGGAGAUGGUCGCCCCGCGACGAUCGCCGCAACAGCACGAACGUGACAACGUGCCGGGAAUUCACUGUUGCAGCGGGGAUGUGAGCGAGAGGGUCGCGCUCGCGAGAGCGCCGUCGUCAUCGUCGUAGUCCUCGCUUCGUCCUCGUCACAGUUGACGACCAACAAGCACAUUGCAACCACGACGACCUGGCCGGCCAGCCGAGGGGUAGGAGGUGCGCGCGUGCGCGCACAAACACGUCGCGGCGGCUGUGUUGUUGUUGCUGCCGUCGUCGUAGUUGCUGAACGCGGCGCGUAUACGUACACGCGCGCGACUCGUCACGUCUUCCGCGGGGGAGAGCGCGAUGGCGGACUUCGACGCGAUCUACGAGGAGGAGGAGGAGAGCGAGCAGCACCUGGAGGAGCACUACGUCGCAAUGGUACCGGACCCGAUCGUGAUCCGCGGGGCUGGCAACAUGACGGUAUUUGGUCUCAGUAAUCGCUUUGAGUCGGAAUUUCCCAAUGGCCUCAUGUCUCGCGUGGCUCCAGAAGAAUUUAAGGCGACUGUUAUGAGGGUGAACAGUGUGUUAAAAAAGACUUUACCUGUUAACGUUAAGUGGUUAUUCUGCGGUUGUGUGUGCUGUUGCUGUACCCUAGGAUGUUCUCUGUGGCCUGUUAUUUGCUUGAGCAAAAGGACUCAGCAUUCAUUAAACAAAUUAUUAGAGUGGGAAAAUAGCAGACUCUAUCAUAAGCUUGGGUUGCAUUGGAGGCUGGCAAAACAAAGAUGCGACAGCUCCUCCAUGAUGGAAUAUGUUCUUUUAAUUGAAUUUAUUCCAAAGAUUCCAAUAUACAGGCCCGACUAAGCAAUGUGAAGCAAUUAUGCAAUUAAAUGUAAAAAUACUUGUGCAAAAAUAAUCAGUGCAAUAUGCAACUGACAUGCAGAGAAAUACAGAGAAGAUAAAGUGCCGCUGCGAUGAUAUAGGUACUUAUGUAAUACAUAUUUUUAUAAAUAUCAGUAAGAAUCGUAGACUAUAGAUUGGCACUUUAUAGACUGGCAAUUGUAGUUUUGGCAUUAUAAACAAUCUGCAGAAUCAGUUGGAGAGAGAAAUCUGCUUUUCAGUACUUCUCUUUCUCAAAAUGUUCAACAAUGUGCAUGGCGCAAUUAAAUGUGGUGCGCAUUAAUAUUAUAUCAGAUUAUAAUUAUAGGAAGAAAAAUAAGGUUAUUUCUUUACAAUUAAUUUAAACAGAAAAAAAUAUUACGAACAGACGAUUUAUCUCGGAAAUAUUAUUUAUAUCCAUUCGGAAUAAAUGCGAUCAUAGAGUCACGCGUCAUUUUCUAACUUUUAAAUAGAGAAAAUGAUAUGUUUGCGCUUAAAGCUAUUUGACAAUUUUAUUUAUCAUUAUUCAGUUGUUGCGAAAAUAAUCUCAUUAUUUUUUAUCGAGUUCCUUGUUUGAUAAUCUGUACUCUUCAACUAGAGUUUAAGCUUUCAGGUAAGAAAUUAAUCUGAUUCAGUACAACGAACGUAUUAAAGUAUGAAAAAUAACGCGUCAAAAUAAGUCACGCUAAUCAAUCUAUCUGAUCAUGCAUAAUGCAAUACGCGCGCACGCUCAUGUUGUACAUACGUACGUGUACAUACAUACAGAAACUUAUUUUAACAAUAGGUUAAUUUCUUACCAUGGUGAUAUUAGAAAGUAUGAUAUAAAAAGCGCAGCUUUACCUUCUGAUACAAAUUUGACGAGAUAUUUUAACAUGAUGAAUCAUCUAGGAUGAAGAUUCACGCGUCGUGCGAUUAAAGUAUCGAUAUAUAGAUUUUAAAAGAAGUGUAGAUCGCUGAUAACUAUAAAAUGUACUGACGAGACGAAAUUUUAAUUGCAAAACGCACCAGUCUGUAAUAGGGCAAACAGUACACAGCUGUAGAAUAGCAUCAGCGCAAUUAGCGGGCACAGAAGGACAUAGGAAAUACUGUAGAAGACUGCCAUGAAUGAGCUCAUUAAUUUUUUUUUUUGUUGCAAAGAUCAACGUUAUCAACUUUUACGCUUACACCACCGCAUAAUGUUGUGUCCGCGUGUGACGUUAGAAAAAUGAUUAAUUAGCUCACGGACAUUUCUGUCACAUAUCCGUUUUCAUUUUAAGCGUAAUGUUUAACUAGUCUUAAGAAGAAUGAUGAAAUUGUUCAUUAAUAAAUUUUAAUUUUAUGAAUAAUAAUACAUUUUAAUUCACGUAAGUGGCACUGCUCUAUCAUAGUACUGUUUACUCUAUUCUUGUUAAUAGUAUAAAACAGAGAUAGGAUAUUGAAACAUCAGAAAAACGUCUCCUAUGUAAAGGAAACUUUGUUUUAUAGGCACUAUUUUACAUUAUUAUACAAUUCAAUAUAGUUCUUCACAGACUUCAUUAUUUCUCUACUAACAUGUCUAAUAACAUGUGCAAUAAUGCGGCGUGUUAUCAGCUCCGCAUUGCUUUCACACUAAUGAAUAGAUCGAGUAAAUUUACUCAUCUCAUUCAAGCGCCCGCAAAACAUAAAAUGGUUGUAGGAAAGUAUGCAAAAAGCAUGUGAAAAUAUUGCAAGUUUCUGUUGCUGUUCAGUGGCUGUGAUUGAGAAUAAAAGACUAGCUUUGAAUUUGAAUGUGUGUCGCAAACAGCUACACAUAACGCCCGUGCUUUAUCUUAUGCGGUUCUACACGUUAAAGCCUUUUAUAGAAUACCAGAUUUAUACUCUGUUUCUCUAAUAUAUUUGUACUUAUUCUAUAAAAUAAUUAAGUCAAAGUAACAAACGUUGUAUUAGAGGCGUCUGUAUCGUGUAGAUUAACAGAGAAUGCUAUAUAUUGCCAUAUUUGAUUUCAAUUAUAAAUACCGUAGGUAUUUAACCCACUAAUUAUCUUUAAAAAUGAAACAAACAGAAGUAUUUAUAUAGAUUCUCAUUUCACUUGAUGGAUAAAAUGUGAAACGAUUAUACUCUCAAUGAUCUGUUGAAUUAAUAGUAUGUCAAAUAAUAGGAGUGUCAUAAAAAUUACUUUGUCAUAUUUUCGGACACAUGUACGAAUUGUUGUACAAUUCUUAUUUUUCCGAUAACUAUACAGCGGGAAGUAUCGAUAUUUCUGUAAUAUUUUUUUAAUCGAUCAAUUGAACAAAUAUUGAAAAUUACACACACACACAGAAAGAGAGAGGGGGGGGGGUCCAUGCGUAUGUGCUUUCCAAACUGGUUAUCAUAAUCCUCUUGGUAGCGUAUAUAAUAAAAUUACGGCUGUGUUAAAUUGGUCAAAGGGACGCAGUAUACGGUUCUAAACUGUGCUUAUAACAAUUCUCGUAUUUCUAGAAAAUAAAGAUUAUAUUUAAUAUAAUGAUGAAAAGAGACAGAUUUUAUUCCGUUGCUUGCGUUUCUCUUAAUUUAGUGGUUUUCUAUUUUAUCAUGCUAAUUUUUUAAAUUUUUUUAAAGAUUUAUUUUUAAGAAAAAAACAUUUUUCAAAAUUUUUAUCCUUAUUAUUGUUUGAAAGAGAGGAUUGAUUUUUGUAAUAAUUUCGUCUUAAUUGGCCGCAGCCUGAGUUUUUAAUUUUAAUUCAUUAGGAGAUUCGAAAUUAUAACCGUGUAAAGAUUAAAUGGAUCUGUCGAUAAAUUAUUCAAAUUUAUUUUGUAAAAUAUUUACAAAAUUUCUUUAAAAUUUUCUUUAAAUCUAAAAAGAAAGCAGCGCGAUAAAGUCGAAAAAACAAUUUGUUUAAAUACAAAUACGGUCUAAUUGCACUUUCUUGAAAUACGUAUGUACACCAAGUAUCAGAUAAAUGCAUAUAAUGUUAACCACGCUCAGUUUACAAAUGUAAUAAUGUAACUACACAUACACUGUUUUUUUAAUUUAUUAAUAUUUUAGUAUACAAUUAUAAAGGCCACAUAUACUAAAAAAUUAAUUAAGUUUUUAUAACUUAUAUAUGUAUACAUAUUGUCUACGCGAAAAUUUACAUAAUUCUUCCUUCAUAGACCACAAACUAUGUAGAUUCUGUAAAAAAAACUAAAGAAUUUGUUUUUCGUCGAUGUUUUAUCAUUCUGCACAAAUUACUAUUUUAGAUACCAGAACAAAGAAUAAUAGUAAUUGUAACAUUACAAUAAUUGCAAUGUAAUGUAAAGAAAUAAUUAUACAAUAAGCAAAUAACGAGCAAAUUGUUUAUAUAGAUAAUAGGCUAUCUUAGAUUACAACACAUGACGACAUAUAAUUUACAUAGUUUGCAUAGUACACGUAAAUAGAGACGAUUAAUGUUUUAUGCGUAGUUUUCCUCUUGAACAAUUGGUUUAACAUAACUCACUUCGAUAAUUAUGCAUUUUAAUCAAGUACACUUUUAUGGUCUGAAACUAUUUUUUCAAUUCGCGUUGUUUUGCAGAGAAACUCGGCUAAUAUCUCGGCAACUCGGCAAUAAUUGAAUGAAUGAAUGAAGAAAAUAUCAAAGCACAUCACUCAACAAAAAUUCUUCGAUUUGCUCAUAUCAUUCAAUGCACCGCAUACUCAUGAAUGCCCACAUAUAAAUAUAUUUACUAUAAAUUAUAAAUACAAAUAUGUACAUAUUGCAAGGAAGCCAAUAUUAUCUGAAAUUAUUUUUUAGAUUUCUGUUAUUAUUAUUUGAGAGAUCGAAUUUACCACUCUAAAAAGGGGAAGUAUUUUUUUUCAGCGUAAGGCGGCAGAUUGUGUAUGCGGAUUUAUAUUGAUGUUAAAACAUAAGAGUGUAAUAAUAAUGUAAAUAAGAUAAUGAAUCCGCAACGGGUUAUUUAGUGAGAUGAGAUAUAUAAUAUUGAUAAUUACACUGUGAAACAUCAGCGGAAAGGAAUAUAUUUUUGAUAGAAAAGAAACGUGUGCGUAAUGAUUAUCGGAUUUGAAUCUAAAAUUUGGUGUUAAAUUUACGUUUCAGAUUGAAUAUUUUUUUUAAUACAUACAUCGCCACAAGAUAUCAAGAAGAUAUCGAUGACAAAUUAAUCAAUAGAAGUAAAUUAUAUAACAUCGCAUAUCACGUUACAUUAAACUAAAUACAUUAAUUACAUUAGAUGUAACUUGCCAAAGCAUUUAUUUACGUAACAGUUUAAAGUUAAAGUCAAUAGGCGAAUCGUAGUUGCAAAACGCAUCUUUGGCGUAAAAGCGGCUAAUAGUAAAAUUAUUAUCGAGCUAUCGUGGUUUUAACAUGUGCCUUUUACUCGUGAAUUUGUGUGAAUCAUAAGUGUAAAUAUUAUAUAUUAAUAAUACAUGUUAAGAAAUAUAUUUGUAUAGAAUGAGAGUGGUUCCUAAAUAUAUAUAUAUAUAUGUAUAUAUAUAUAUAUAUAUAUAUAUAUAUAUAUUACGCAUAAAUAAAACGACUACCUACAAGAGCUCGCGAUCGUUGCACAGGAUUGCAUGAUAAAACAGCAUAUCAUCAGUUCGCAGUGGAUAAAAGCUAUCCCUUCAGAACAUCAUAACAUUAAGGUGCGAAAAUGUGAGAUAUAACGUAAUGAAAUAUACGUAAAUAUAUGAUUUCAAGCUUUUAAAUAACAGUCGAUGUAACGAUUUAUUGUAUGACUAAUGUUUUCCGCUACGAUUAUCUUUUAUACACACAUUGUUUGUUAGUUGUGUAAAUUUGUGUAACUAUUAAUUGUGUUUUUCAGUUUGAAAAUAAAACAUACGAUUGUACGAUA